ACCUAUUGGAAAGCCACACAUCCAGAAAUAACAACGGCUCAAUCCAUACCUAGACCAAUACCUCAGGAAGCUUCACCUACCACAGAUCAGGCCCGUUUGGGUCCAACGCCACCAGUUGAUGGGGGCGAAGAUGAACGUGAAUAUCGCAUGGGCUCAAUAGAACGUGAGGGUAGUCGCGAUCGUGACAUAACAAGUCGUGAACGCGAACGAGACGAAGAUUAUGAACGCGACUAUUGGGACAAUGAAUUCACAAAAGGACGUAGAACACCGCGCGAACGUCAACGCGAUCUCGAAUGGGAACGUGAACGGGCCCGCGAAUGGGAGAGAGAACGAGAAAGAGAUUGGGAUAGAGAAUUCGAUUGGGACCAAGUUACUCCCGGGAUCGUACGUUCUUAAGUGGCAUUAAUAUUAAUAAUUUUGUGUUGUGUAUUUUU